AUGACCUUUCCUGGCAGAGGAGACCUGGGUGCGGUAAAGAUACGUCUCCGUCGAGAUUGGUCGCCGACGCUGGUGCGGACGAUCGAGGAGGCGGUGACGUGCGACGAUGGGUGCGAGUUUUAUCGCGCCGAGGCGACGCCGGCGGUCGGGGCGGUGGAUGGGUACGGCGGUCCGGGGCCGCCGUACGCGUUGUUGCAAGGACGGUUCGUCGGCGUCGCGGGGGGGAUCGAGGGCGAGGCGCCGGUCGUCGAGCGCGGAUACGCGUGUUUGAUCGGUAAGGGGCCGGACUUUUUCAUAGCGGUGAGAUCGCACGAGGAGUGGGGACGUGCUCACGCAGUUUUUGGAGUGGUGGAGAGCGGGAUGGAGACGGUUGAUCGCAUAGCGGAGGAGUUCCCGCGCCACCGCGAGACGUGGGGUCAGACGAACGUCACGGUGCUCGACGAGAAACUAUCGUUUACGACGUCCAUAGUGCGCGAAUGA